GAUUGUUUCAGCCAGUUGGGGUGACAUUGACGACAGUUUGACGCAAUCGGCCUUUUACAUUGAAUUUACAAUUUUAUAUUGGGAAUUUACAAAGAUGAGUUUUGCGGUGAAGUUGCGGCCGUUGCCAUCGAAGCGCAAACCCUUGCGGGUUGGUGGAACAGUGAAGAGACGCAAGCCGAUUUCCAGCGUCAAGUGCAAGAGGUGCAAUAGCACGCCACUUGCCAGCAGGCCCCAGGAGUUCCCUACCAUAUGGGAGGAGCUACGAGCGAAUAAUCAGCUUUGCGACGGCGUGGUGAAGUGCGAGGACAACGUCCAGUUCAACAUCCAUCGCAUCAUUUUGUCCUCUAUCAGCCCAUAUUUUCGAGCUUUGUUCACCAACUCGAUCAACAGAGGGAGGCAGGAGGUGCGGGAGGCCAACGUAAACAUAUCCAGCUCUGCCUUCAAAGUCAUCCUGGACUUUGCCUACACUGGGAGCUGCGUUCUGGAUAAAUCCAACGUGUUUGAGGUGCUGAAGUACGCCGAUCAGUACGAGAUAAUGGACGUGGUCCAGAACUGCUGCCAGUUCCUACUGAAGGACUUAUCCCCCCCUAACUGCCUGCAGGUGCUGAGGUUCGCCCAUCAGUUCCACUGCCAAUAUCUAGCCACCAAGGCCAACAUGUUCCUGCUACAGAACUUCAGCGAAGUGCUAAGCCAAAACCCUCAGUUUGGGAGCUUAACGUCCCAACACCUCCAGGAGAUCCUCACUAGUGACUAUCUGAAUGUGAAGUCCGAGGAGGUGGUGGUGCAAGCCAUCCAGCUCUGGAUCGGUGAGGUGCCAGAGGCCCGCAGGGCCCAUUUGCUCCAGUUGCUCAAAUGUGUCCGAAUGGGCUGCUUGAGUGCGGAGAAAUUGAUGAAAAUCGCCCGCUGGCCUCUGAUUGAAGCAGACACCAGCUGCUCCCUCUACAUAGCAGACGUGCUCACUAUAAUGGAAGACCUUGAGGGGGACUGUUUGGACACGUACCUAACUCGCCCUAGGAUCCCCUACGAUAUCCUGUUCGCUAUUGGAGGCUGGAGCGCUGGAAGCCCCACGAGUUUUGUGGAAACCUACGAUAACCGCGCUGAUCGCUGGCUGGUCUCCAAGGACACUGAUAUAGUAGCGCGCGCCUACCACGGCAUGUGUAGCUUCGGGGAAAAGAUCUACUUGGUAGGCGGGUUCGAUGGGAAUGAGUACUUCAAUACCGUGCGCUGUUUUGAUCCUUCGAACCACACAUGGAGCGACUGCGCUUGCAUGUACUACUCCCGAUGCUACGUCAGCGUGGUGGAGUGUUCGGGGAAAAUCUACGCCAUGGGUGGCUACAAUGGGAGAAUUCGCAUGAGCUCAGCUGAGCGGUUUGACCCGCUGCGCAACCAAUGGGAGCUACUGCCCGCCAUGCAAAAGCAACGCUCAGACGCCAGUGCUGCCAGUCUGAACAACAAGGUCUACAUAGUGGGCGGGUUCAAUGGGCAGGAGGUGAUCAAUUCGGCUGAAAUGUUCGACCCAUUGACCAAUCAAUGGUCCUUCAUCCCCCCCAUGAUCUCCGCUAGGUCAGGGGUCAGCCUGAUCGCGCACCACAACGCCCUCUAUGCGAUUGGCGGCUUCAAUGGAACCACUCGCCUUCCAUCGACGGAGAAAUUCAUCCCCGACUCCUCCUCCAGCCCCGCCUGGAUGGAGAUGUCCGACAUGAUGACCCCAAGGAGUAAUUUCGGCACUGUUAUCCUGGAUGAUUGCAUUUACGUGAUCGGGGGGUUUAAUGGAUCCACCACCAUUAACUACGUGGAGUAUUUUGACAUGGAGACCGGCGAGUGGAUGGAUGCGGCUUCGAUGAAUCUGAACCGGUCCGCUCUGAGUGCUUGCGUGAUCAGCGGCCUCCCCAACUCCAAGGACUACUCGUUUUUGGACCGCAGCCAGAGGCGGCAGAACAAGGAGGCAAAGGAUGGGGUUUGAAUUUGUUGGGGGGAUUUUAAUUUUAGUAGCAAGCGUUAGUGUGUAUAAACGGGCAUAUUUGGCUGAUUAAAAUUUGCAUAUAGGGUGUCUCAAAAAUUA